GAGAGAGAGAGAGAGAGAGAGCUGAUUAGAUUGGAGAAAGCCAAGGAGGUAUGGGUAUACUAUUGAGCAAGGGGAGAGACAGAGCAGGGAGACACAGAGGGGAGGGUGACUAAGUGAAUGCCGCUUGCCGUCGCGUGUCGCUGAAUCACAGUGAAGUCCACAGGCUGGCGGACGGAUUGGACCUGAAUCAACAAAUGGAUACAGAAAAACUGGAUGUACACUGCAUGUUAGGAGAGAAUUAGGGAGGACGAAGUCUGCCUUCAUACCCUUCAUUAUCUCUGCAUCAGAUACUGCUGAGAGGAACCCACGGGGAGGGAAAGGAAAAUAGCGGACAACUCAUUUCUCUCUAACACCCUUGGAAGCCGAGGAGCCGUGAGCAAGAAUAGAGUCGACUGUGGGACUGGUUGGGAUUGAAUAUAUGCCCAUGCCGGUGUGUGUGUGUGUGUGUGUAUGUGAGUGAGUGUGUGUGUGUGUGUGUGUGUGUGUGUGUGUGUGUGUGUGUGUGUGUGUGUGUAUGUGUGUGUGAGAGAGCUGAUAAUAGCAGCCCCAUUGGUAUUCAGUGGAGGGAGCUCCAGGAUCUCGCUGCGCCUUUCCCCAGGAUGGGAUCACAGAGCAGGGAUUGUGCUCGCCUGUGGAGAGCCCACUGAAAUGGAUCUGAAGCCUCGCAGAGAUGCACACCAAAUGGGCAGCAUGGAAGCCAGCACACACCCUCCAGCGACUAGCUUUCCACACCUAACUGCCUCCACCAUCUCCAGGCAUCAGCUCGAACCAUCUCAGAGAGGGCUGAACUUGCAGAGUUGAGGUUGGACAGGCCAGACUGCGAUACCGGAAGCUGUCCACAGGAAUAUCGCUGGAAGCAGAGAAAAGCAGAGGGUGACGAGCCUUAGAGGACGCGAAUCGACUUACCACAAACCAAUCAACCUGUUGAGCAUACAGCUGGGCUUCUUGGACUUCUUCGAGAAAUGAAAUAGGCUGUAGUGAUGCUUGAGCAAUGGUAUGGAGCUUUUGGACACAUCCGGAUUUAUCGACCGGAUAUCCUAUCGAGAUUACGACACUGUUGUGCACACCUCAGAACCGGGCCACUUUUUCAGAUUGGCUUGUGGGCAAAAGCGAGUAAUUGAAAACCCCCCCUCGAGAGGCUUUCUGUUCUGAUUUGGCGUGGGGGAGGAGGGCUUAUAUGUAUUUUUUUUAAACGAACAAUUUCAAAAGCCCCCUCUCUUUAUCCCACAUUCCCUUCCUCUUUCUUUUUCACCAUCUUUCUCACACAUUGCGGAAAAAUACAUUAUGAAGCAGCACCAUUCUUCUUCAUCCUCCCUCUGUGACGGAGAGUGAAGAGGGACAGACUGUCCAGAAUAGAUAACGAGCACGGAGACUGGCACUGAGGAGAGGGAAAGGAGACAGAAAGAGCAGAAAAUAGACGGAAACAGGUAGAGAGGGAAAGACGAAGGGAAGACAAGCAAAAAAAAAAAGAAAAAAAAAGAGAAUUAACUAGGAUUGUUCGAAAUCCUCUUCGAGAUUUACACUCUUUUUUCUAAUUCGCCUGUGCCGUGUUGGAGGCUAGUUAGCGCAAUGGGCUGGGGAAGGGUUAAGAGUUACACCAGGGGGGGCACUUGAGCAGGAGAGUAGGGUUAUGCCCACCCCCUGCACCUGCCUGGUCUGUAACGGACUGAGAGAUGGCUUGGUAAACAGACAGCUAUACUGAGUGACAGACAAGCUCUGAGGCUGGUAAGACAGACAGACAGACAGGAAGACACAGCCCAUUCCAAGUGUCAGGCAGAGAGCCAGGCAGACAUCCAGUGCGGGCACAGUAAACAGUGUGCGAGUCAUUGUCAUUCUAUGCAGCGUGUGAGGGAAAGACAGAGAGAAGGAAAGGAAAGAAAGCUGGGACGGAAAGAAAGAAGAGGAGCAUCCCUGUGAUUGUGGGUUCUGGAGGAUCUCACUUCCUCUGCAUCCACUUCAGUCACUACAGUGGCGAGCUCAAGCACUGACAAAACAGGCGGGGAGGGAGGGGGCUGUUACUAGAAAGGAAAUACAGGUUGGAGAGAGAGAGGGAGAGAGGGAGGGAGGCAGGCAGAGAGACAGAGGGAGAGAGCAGGUGUCGAAAAUCCUCCCCUUCAUCUGCUUGUCAUUUACUCCUUUAUGUUCUCUCGUCAUCUGGCGGGGUGAUUGGUUUUCUGACGCCGGCGUUCCUCUGCUCAUAGGCCCUGCGCAAUCCUGAGGAAAACAAGAGGUGGGCAGACAGAGGAAAGCAGAAAAAAGACAGCAUAAAAGGAAAGGUGGAGCCCUAUUCUGAUUGACUAAUUUUUCACCCCUUUCUUUUCUUAUUUGUCAAGACGGGCUCUUGUUAUUUUUUCGCUUUUUUUUCUCCUAGAAGUAAGAGAUAUAAGGAAGAAAAACACUGGCCCAGUCAAUCCCUCAUUCUCCUUGUACACAGAGUUGAACCUCUCCUUUUAUCAAUUGUUGAUUUUUUCUUGCGUUGUUCUCAUGGGAAUCUUUUUUCUCCAUCUGAGUAUAAACACUGGAAUCCUAUAGAUUCCCUCUAUAUGUCCUGACAUCCCCAAUGACACAGUGUGAACCCUUCUGACUCCUCCACGCCGUCCCCUCCUUGGCUGAAGUGCUAAAACCCUGUGGUCUCAGAUCUCAAUGCCUGUGUUGACUCACUACUACAGCGAUAAUAUGGCACAGUGCUUCUGAUACCGUCUGAUUCAUUCUGUGGUGGUACAGGCAGCCAGCAGACCAUUCUCCAUGAGGAGCAGUAGAAGAUGCCGGCUCUGCCAGCACUGCUGCUGUCAAUACACUUCCUCUCCUUCCUGCUAGUCACCAUGCCGCCACGCUCCCUCAGUCAGGCCCCCCUGCUCUCCUCCGUCCGUAUGGCGGCAAUCCUGGACGACCAGUCUGUGUGUGGGCGUGGGGAGCGGCUGGCGCUGGCCCUGGCCAGGGAGAACAUCAACAGUGUGAUGGAGGGUCCGGCCCGAGCCCGAGUGGAAGUGGACAUAUACGAGCUGCAAAAAGACUCCCAGUACGACACUACCGACACCAUGUGUCAGAUUCUACCCAAAGGCGUCGUCUCUGUGAUAGGUCCCGCCUCCAGCCCCGCCUCUGGUUCUACUGUCAGUCACAUAUGUGGAGAGAAGGAGAUCCCUCAUGUGAAGAUUGGUCCCGAGGAAACUCCACGCUUGCCGUACCUGCGCUUUGCCUCUGUCACUCUGUACCCUAGCAACGAGGACCUGAGUCUGGCCAUAGGAGCCAUCUUGCGCUCGUUCAGUUACCCCUCAGCCAGCCUGGUCUGUGCCAAGGCUGAGUGCCUGCUGAGAUUGGAGGAGCUGGUCCGCCGCUUUCUCAUCUCCCGGGAGACGCUGUCAAUCAGGAUGCUGGAUGACAACCUGGACCCUACGCCGCUGCUGAAGGAGAUCCGUGACGACAAAGUGGCCACCAUCAUCAUCGACGCCAAUGCUUCUGUCUCCUAUCUCAUCCUUAAAAAGGCAUCAGAGCUGGGGAUGACAUCAGCAUUUUACAAGUACAUCCUCACCACCAUGGACUUCCCCCUCCUGAGACUGGAUGAUAUAGUGGAUGAGCAGUCCAAUAUUGUGGGAUUCUCCAUGUUUAACACUACACAUCCCUUCUACUUGGAGUUCAUCAGGAGCCUCAACCUCUCUUGGAGGGAGGGCUGUGACCUGACAUACCCCGGCCCUGCGCUCUCGUCAGCACUGAUGUUUGAUGCGGUGCAUGUGGUGGUGGGGGCGGUGAGGGAAUUGAACCGCAGUCAGGAAAUAGGAGUGAAGCCGCUCAGCUGCACCUCGCCUCAGAUCUGGCAACACGGGACCAGUCUUAUGAACUACCUGCGCAUGGUGGAGUACGAUGGUCUGACAGGGCGUGUGGAGUUCAACAGCAAAGGUCAAAGGACCAACUACACCCUGCGGAUCCUGGAGAAACACCGAGGAGGUCACAAAGAGAUCGGGAUCUGGUACUCCAACAACACCCUGAUAAUGAAUUCCACCAGUCUGGAUAUUAAUGUCUCAGAGACGCUGGCAAACAAGACCCUCAUUGUCACCACCAUACUGGAGAACCCAUAUGUGAUGCGCAAGGACAACUACCAGGAAUUCCAGGGUAACGACCAGUAUGAGGGCUUCUGCGUCGACAUGCUUAGGGAGCUGGCAGACAUCUUGAAAUUCUCCUUCAAAAUCAAGCUGGUGGAUGAUGGGCUGUAUGGGGCUCCAGAGCCCAAUGGCUCUUGGACUGGCAUGGUUGGAGAGCUAAUCAACAGGAAAGCAGACCUGGCCGUGGCGGGCUUCACCAUCACGUCGGAGAGAGAGAAAGUUAUCGACUUCUCUAAGCCGUUCAUGACCCUGGGGAUCAGCAUCUUGUACAGAGUUCAGCUGGGUCGGAAGCCAGGUUACUUCUCCUUUCUCGAUCCCUUCUCUCCUGCUGUCUGGCUCUUCAUGCUGCUCGCCUACCUGGCUGUCAGCUGUGUGCUCUUCCUGGCUGCAAGGCUGAGCCCCUACGAGUGGUACAACCCUCACCCGUGUCUGCGAGAGCGCAGGGACAUGCUGGAGAACCAGUACACCCUGGGAAACAGCCUGUGGUUCCCUGUUGGAGGCUUCAUGCAGCAGGGAUCAGAGAUAAUGCCCAGAGCCCUGUCUACCAGAUGUGUUAGUGGGGUGUGGUGGGCGUUCACCCUGAUCAUCAUCUCCUCCUACACGGCCAACCUGGCGGCCUUUCUGACCGUCCAGAGGAUGGAGGUUCCCAUCGAGUCCCCGGACGACUUGGCUGACCAGACCAACAUCGAGUAUGGCACCAUCCAUGGAGGGAGCACCAUGACCUUCUUCAUGAACUCUCGUUACCAGACUUACCAGCGGAUGUGGAACUACAUGAACUCUAAGCAGCCCAGUGUAUUUGUGAAAAGCACAGAGGAAGGCAUUGCCCGUGUGCUCAACUCCAAGUAUGCCUUCCUGAUGGAGAGCACCAUGAAUGAAUACCACCGCGGCCUCAACUGUAAUCUCACACAGAUAGGAGGCCUGCUGGACACCAAGGGCUACGGCAUUGGCAUGCCACUGGGGUCUCCGUACAGAGAUGAGAUCACGCUGGCCAUCCUCCAGCUGCAGGAGAAUAACAGGCUAGAGAUACUGAAGAGGAGGUGGUGGGAGGGAGGCCAAUGUCCCAAAGAGGAGGACCACCGUGCCAAGGGUCUGGGCAUGGAGAACAUUGGGGGCAUCUUCGUGGUGCUGAUCUGUGGCCUCAUCAUUGCCGUGUUUGUGGCCAUUAUGGAGUUUGUGUGGUCGACACGCCGCUCGGCAGAGACUGAUGAGGUAUGCCCCCAUACCUGCCCUCGCCGACCCCACAGACACACCCCAGUGUCUGUCUGUCAGGAGAUGAUCACAGAGUUCCGAAACGCCGUCUCCUGUAAGAAGAGCUCCCGUAUGCGCCGUCGGCGGCCCCUCAGCAGCUCAGCAGCCCUGCGCCACCCCACACGCAUAGCUCUAGGGGCCCCUCGGCCCCUGCGCCUGGUGCGGGAGAUGCGCCUUAGCAACGGAAAGCUCUAUAGUGGAGCUGGCCCCCUGACGGGUGGAGCUGGAGGUGGAGCAGGGGGGACAGGGCCUUCAGAUCUGGGCCCUGGACCACAGCGGAUCCUAGAUGAUCCGCUGGGGGCCAACACCACCCCUCCUCCACCAGCCCCCACCCCUGUGAUGCUGCCCGCCCGCAGCUGCACCCAUGUGAGGAUCUGCCAGGAGUGCCGGAGGAUCCAGAACCUGAGAUCAGGCAGUAGUAUAGGAUCAACCUCAACAAGAAUACCACCCUCAUCAGCACCCCUGCCAAGGCUACCCCCACCCCCUCCUCCAUCCUCAUCCAACACAGACAGUGAGGGUGGAGGGGGGCCCAGCCCAAGGCGGCUACAUCACAGCCCCCCACCUCAUACCCCUCGACCCAUUCCACCUCCACAGAGCAGCAACACCACAGACCUACUGGUGGACCAGGACUGAGACCAGAGGCAGAGGGUGGGGUGAGAGGGCUGCAGGUAGCCAAUGAUGUGACUGAGGGACAUUUGUGCUGCUGAAAGAAACAGUGCUUGUUUCCACAGGUGAAAUUCAUCAGAGAACAAAAGAGGGAGGGAUGGAGGGGAAAAUAAAGUUAAACUCUGCGAGGUCAUCCAGUGGAGAAUGAAACAACCUUUUAAAAGGAGAGUAAACAGGGAAAGCUGUAACCCUUUCUCCAGCUGAGCUUGAGGUCUACAAAUACAGAACUGGCUACAAGCAUACAGUGAGAUUGUGAUCAGUUAAAGCUUCUGUUAUCAACUCAGAAGAACAAUUGAGUUUGGACAAAUGUGAGCGGAUAUGCACAUGACCAGAUGAUGGUUUCCACUGGCUUCCUUUUUCUCUCCUUACUCCCCUCUCACUUCACCGUUAGAUUUGAGGGGCGCUGGUUUUCUUCCACAGACACUUCCCUGGAAGUUAAGUACCCCUCUAGUAAAAUGAAGCCUUGUGUUGGAGGACAUACCGUAUCCGUAUGUGAUUUAAAACAGCAACUAAAAGACUUCCAGAAAAUUAUUUCCUGUUUUUUUUUUUCUUUUAUUGUCUUUAUUGUUUUGUUACCAUUGUUCUAAGUGGGAAUUACAGAGUUAAAUACAGACUAUAUGUGACAAUAUGGUGGAUUAUAACAUACUAAGAAACCUGACUAUGGCUAAUUGUGCUCAAGAGUUUUGUGUCCCUCCCUGUGCCCCAUAGCUGCUUUUUGGGUGGUAUCAAUGAAGUGUGGAUAAAACGACUUCAAGAUGACAUAAUGCAAACAAUCGCAGAGGAAACUGCUGGCCUGCCUUUCUUUACACUGUGCGUGUGUGUAUGUACAAAUGUGUGCUUCCUGUUAGUCUGUCUGUAACUACACACAGUGAGGAGAACCAUGUACCCAGCAACAGCACCCUUCUACUAAUGUUAGAUAAUCAGACAGCCACAAAAAGGGAGAGAGGAAGAGAGAGGGAGCAAGGGCUUUGAAAUGUGAAAUUAAUGUCCCUCGUUAUCCUGGGUAAUGCUUGCCAAGCCUUUACUUCUUUUUCCACCUCUGUUCACACAGCGUAGAAGAGAUAGAGAGAGCGGGAGAGGCAGAGCCAGAGCGGAAAGAUAGAGAAGAACAGAAAGAGAGGCGAGAGAAAGAGUGUAAGGACACUACAGGAUUUGAAUGAGAAAUCCCUAACUGAACUACUUCCAUUAUUAGAUCUGUCCUGAUCUGUUAAUUCUGGGCAUCUUUUAAGGGGCUUGUUAAUGCGCCAGCAGGCUGUAGCUGCAGCUUCUUCCGUUCUCUCUGUUUAACAGACAGACUUGGCUGUACACAGUAGAGGCUCCUGCCAGAGUGAUAGACUCAACACAGCCUUGUCAAUACUGUGUCAAGCUUUUGAUCGCCUAAUUACUCCCCUCGGUGGCUGGGGACUCAUUCAGGAGGUGGUUGAACACAGGGAAACAUGCUGAUAAAUAGAUUUAGAAGAAAUACAUGUUUUUCAGUCCGGCUGGGUAGAGAUUCUGGUCUCUUUUAAUUAUGUUGUUAAUGUUACAGCCCUACUGUUGUGUGAAAGUCUAACUAAAACAACCCAAACACUACAGUAUAUUAGCUACAGUGCUUAAAGGAAUAUACUGGUGGAUUUGCAUGUUUAGCCAUUCAACUUUAAAUGUGUGUACACUUCUUAUUACUGCUGAUGAUUAUUCAAACCCUUAAGAUUCCUAAACUCCCAAAUAGCCACUGCUUUCAUACCAAGUAAUUAUGGUAUGAAAAUCAUGUUUCACACACUUGCAUUAAAUAGCUGAUCCAUCGCUGUGAAUGUAUGUUAUGUAUUUCUUGAUGUCCUAAAAUCCCAUGUAAAGACCAAAACAAACAAUGAAUUCAUCUGACUAAUAAGUAGAUAAAGCCUGAUAUAGCUUAUUCCCCUGUGCCAUAGACCUGUGUUGUCAUCCAAAUUCUCUCAAACACACUCUGAACAGCCUCACCAUGGCAUGUUCAUUCACUACCAUGUACACAAACACUGUUGUUUGUUUUGAGUGAGUCCCAAAUACCCAAAUAUCAUCCUGUUACCAUAUUUACACACAAGCAUAUUAAUCCACAGCUGAAAAUAGUCCCCAACAAAUACAUCAUUUACUCCUGUUUGAGUAAUGUUUGCUAAAAAUCUACAGAGCCCAGCUAUUGUAGAAUCUGCCUUUUUUUUUUUUUUUUUUUAACUGAAACUAUAUGUCAUAUAUUUAUCACGUCAGUGGUGGGAACAAAUGGCUGGUAUUGAGAGUUGAACUAAUGCGCUGUUGGUUUUGGGUUUGUUGAGAAUAACAAAAACAUACCACCACCACUGAUGUUUAGGACCACAUGUUAAUUACAUCAGAUCAGUUUUAUGUCUCUCGUAGAAGAAUAAGAUUCGAUCCACUUAUUUACACUGAAUGCAUGACACAUAUCAGGAAUAAAUGGUUACUGAUUUCCCUUUAGUUUCCUCCAAAUCAAAAGUAUACAAUUAAUUUUGUGUGCUGUAGCUGUGCUUUCUGUGGUUUGCCACCUUUUGUAAAAAGUCCCAGUAGAAGCAAAUCCAACUCUGUUGAACAGUUUACCCAGUAUCAUGUUUUCAUUAAAUCAUAGGUAGACAUAAUAUCUAUCCCAGAAUCAUAUAUGACGUCGGUAUCAUGUGCUGCAUUAGCAUUUUCUGCAGGUUAUUGACUCAUCACUGUCUCAGUGUUUAUUAAUUCUGUUGCCCAAUCACUUCCAAAUAUCCCCCAUUUAGUGAUUCACUACUUAGUAGACAAGGGAGUGAUUGGAUAGACACCCUUGCUGUACUUAUAGUAAUUAUAAAAAGCCUUGGUUGGUGCGUUCAAGGAUAUACUGACAUUCACAUUUUGAGAGUUGGCUGAUGCAAGAUAUUACCGAUUUCCCAUUACCCCAUUCAUAUUUGCCACUCCUUUCAUAGUCUGAUUUUGUGACAGCAGAGAUUAUGAAUGUCAUUCUUCUCAGCUGCUGAUUCUUAGUUCUCGAAAAGUCAGUGUUCCCUGCUUCCUGAAAGCAUCAAUAAUACUUUUGUUUCCUCUUUUUUGCCCCUGCUUUGAAAUGACAAUUUGUGCCACAAUCGUUGUGUCUUGUAACCUCUAGACAGCCAGGAGUCUACCAGCGACUUUUUUUCACCUGUGACUGAGGCUUCAUGCUAUCAUCUCAGAUCAACUCAAACUGCAGGAGUCGCUAGUGCAGCAACAAAAACAUGAUCCCUGAUCUAUAUUCAGCAGUAAUACAAAGUGUGCAAGGUAACAUGCAAAACCACCAAUACAGCCCUUUACAAAUCCCUUGAAAAAUGCAGGCAUUGUCGUCUAGGCUAACAUUGCAUUGCUGUAUUGAAUUAUGCAUUUUGCAGUGAAGCUGAUUUCUCGACACUGUUGUGUUCCAGAUAAUGAAUGAUAACAUUGUUUGCACACAUUAUGCCGUUUCCCUCCUCAGCAGAAGCAGGCCUGGAUUUGGUACGUUUCUUCUGUUUACUUCUGCCUUUGUGUCCAGAAUGCUGACAAGACAACAUGAACUGUCUCCACAAGUUGACACAGUACGCGCACACACACACACACACACACACACACACACACACACACACACACACACACACACACACACACACACACACACUGGGGGGUACUCAUUGACGUAAUGUAUUCCCUAGCCCGUUCCAUCGACCCUUACCCAAACCUAAACCUAAUUGUAACCUGAACCUUAAAACCAAAUCUUAUCAAUUAAAAAGCGGUCUCGGUCUCUACCCACGGGAACCCAAUUCUUUUAUCCUCAUGAAACCUCACAAGACCCCAUGGGUGGGUGUGCAGUCAGGUUUAAGUCCCCACCAGGAUAUAAAACAAGUGCCCACACACACAUAUAAUCAUAGGUAAGUUUUGGGGAACUGAUAUUAAUUUCCUGGGGAUUUACCCUAACCAUAACCACUACUAACCUAAACCUGACCCUUACCUUAACCACUGAUCCAAAAAUCAGCUUUUGUCCCCAGUUGGUCCCCAAUUAACUGGGCUUUUUAAGUCUGAAAUGUGUCCCCAAUAGUAGCCUAUGACAGUCACACACACACAAACAGAAAUGCACUCAUCCUCAACAUACUCAUUUCUGAUUCCCCUGUUGUCUAAAGGCUACUUUGUUUUCAAAUUUGUCUUCAGAGUCUCCUUUUCUUGUCUUCUUUGGUUUGUUCUGUAUUUGAAUUCACAAGACUUGAUAUGUGACAGCACCACAUAGCCAUUAAGUGGCUAUCAACAGCUUUAAACCAUCGGCUGAAAGCAUUUGUUAGCUGCGCAGCAUUAAUGCGGAGAGGCAAGAGGUGGGUACAAUCCCUCACUCGAGUAUGAAUAUCAAAGGGAAGGGAGGGUCACAAAACAACUUCAGACAGGGUGUCUGAGCGGUCACUCAACAAAACAAACCUUUUCAUUUACUAUUAUGUUCUUUUCUUUGAUAUUUUUUCAUAUUUCUAUACUAGUGCUAAAUGGAUUAUUAAAACUGAUGAUGAAUAUUAUGAUUAAAUUGUUGUUAUUAUUCCUAUUGAAGAGCGAGAGGUUCUAUAGUGUGCUUGUGGGUGAAGGGUGGGCGAUGGGAGGCUUUGGGAUGAAGGUGCAAUGAUGUUCUUCAGAGAGAUCGCCCAGUUGUUCAAACCUAUAGACACACAAACUUCUUUUGGAAUAAAAAUAUUGAAACAG